AGUACAGUGACAAUCAUGGCUGAAAAUCCAUAUAAUCAUUUAAUGAAGUCUAUUAAAAUUGGACUUAAAGAAUAUAAAUAUUUUGAUAUUACCAAUUUUGGGAAAAAAUAUGAUAGAUUACCAUAUUCAAUCAGAGUGCUUUUGGAAAGUGCAGUUAGGAAUUGUGAUAAUUUUCAAGUGAAGAAAUCUGAUGUUGACAGACUUUUAAACUGGGAACAUAAUCAGACUCUUGAAACAGGAAUAGAAGUAGCUUUUAAACCAGCUAGAGUAAUAUUACAAGACUUCACUGGAGUUCCAGCAGUUGUGGAUUUUGCAGCUAUGAGAGAUGCUAUCAAAAGACUAGGAGCAGAUCCAGAUAAGAUAAAUCCUAUCUGUCCAUCAGAUCUUGUUAUUGAUCACUCGAUACAAGUUGAUUUUUUUAGAACUAAAGAUGCUUUAAAAAAAAAUGAGGAAAUGGAAUUUCAAAGAAAUAAAGAACGAUUUAUGUUUCUAAAAUGGGGUACUAAAGCAUUUCAAAAUAUGUUAAUUGUACCUCCUGGAAGUGGAAUAAUACAUCAAGUAAAUUUGGAAUAUCUAACCAGAGUUGUAUUUGAGACAAAUGGCAUAUUGUAUCCUGAUAGUGUAGUUGGAACAGAUUCUCAUACAACUAUGAUCAAUGGUCUUGGUGUAGUUGGUUGGGGUGUUGGUGGAAUUGAAGCAGAAGCAGUAAUGUUAGGUCAGGCAAUGUCAAUGCUAUUACCAAAAGUAGUGGGAUAUAAAUUAGAAGGAACUUUGAGUCAAUAUGCGACUUCGACAGAUCUUGUUCUUACAAUCACAAAGAAUCUUCGUCAAAUUGGAGUUGUUGGAAAAUUUGUAGAAUUCUUUGGUCCAGGAGUUUCUCAACUUAGCAUUGCAGAUCGCGCAACAAUUUCGAAUAUGUGUCCAGAAUAUGGUGCUACAGUUGGUUUUUUCCCUAUUGAUCAACAAAGUUUAGUAUAUUUAAGACAGACAGGACGAUCUGAAGAACAUAUUAAUAAAAUAGAAAAAUAUCUCACCGCUGUACAUAUGUUAAGAGACUAUGAUGAUGAAAAUCAAGAUCCAAACUUCUCAGAAGUAGUCACUUUGGAUUUAGGAACUGUGGUAUCUAGCGUGAGUGGCCCUAAAAGACCUCACGAUCGUGUAUCCGUCGUAGAUAUGAAGACAGAUUUCAAAAAUUGUCUUACUAAUAAGGUAGGAUUCAAAGGAUUUGGUUUAAGUCCUGAAAAAGUAGAUACUGUAUGUUUAUUUGAAUAUGAAGGGAAGGAUUAUAAAUUAAGACACGGUUCAGUAGUUAUUGCUGCAAUUACUAGCUGCACUAAUACUAGUAAUCCUAGUGUUAUGCUUGGAGCAGGUCUUCUUGCAAAAAAAGCUGUAGAAGCUGGUUUAUAUGUUCAUCCUUACAUUAAGACAUCAUUAUCUCCAGGAUCUGGAGUCGUUACUUAUUAUUUAGAAGAAAGUGGAGUGAUUCCUUAUUUAUCAAAAUUAGGAUUUGAUGUUGUUGGUUACGGAUGUAUGACUUGUAUUGGUAACAGCGGUCCCCUUCCAGAUAUCAUAAUUGAAACUAUUGAAAAGAAUGAACUUGUAUGUUGUGGUGUAUUGUCCGGUAAUCGAAAUUUCGAAGGUAGAAUUCAUCCAAACACACGAGCAAAUUAUUUAGCAUCACCACUUUUAGUAAUUGCUUAUGCUAUUGCUGGAACGGUAGAUAUAGAUUUUCAAAAAGAACCCCUUGGGCAUCGAAUGGAUGGCACUCCGGUAUUUUUACAAGAUAUUUGGCCUACUAGAGCAGAAAUUCAAGUCGUGGAACAAAAAUAUGUAAUUCCGACUAUGUUUAAAGAAGUUUAUGAUAAAAUCGAAAAAGGUAGUACUAGUUGGGCAAAUUUAGUAGCUCCUGAUGGUAAAUUGUAUCCAUGGGAUCCAUCUUCUACCUAUAUAAAACAUCCACCAUACUUUGAUAAUUUACAAAAGGAAUUACCAGAAAUAAAACCAAUUACUAAAGCACGUGUUCUUUUAAAUCUUGGAGAUUCUGUUACGACAGAUCAUAUUAGUCCGGCUGGUAGUAUUGCACGCAAUUCUCCAGCAGCACGAUAUCUUGCAAAUCGUGGAUUAACACCAAAAGAAUUCAAUUCUUAUGGUGCGCGUAGGGGUAAUGAUGAUGUAAUGGUACGAGGCACAUUUGCUAAUAUUCGUUUAAUGAAUAAAUUUAUCGGAAAAGCUGGGCCACGUACGAUUUACAUUCCUACUAAGGAAGAGAUGGAUAUUUUCGAUGCAGCUGAAUUAUAUAUAAAAGAUCAAACGCCUUUAAUAAUUCUUGUUGGCAAAGAAUAUGGAUCUGGAUCAUCAAGAGAUUGGGCUGCAAAAGGACCAUAUCUUCUUGGAAUUCGGGCAGUUAUAGCUGAAUCAUAUGAAAGAAUACAUAGGUCAAAUUUAGUAGGUAUGGGUAUUAUUCCACUAGAAUAUCUACCUGGACAAAAUGCAGAAUCUUUAGGAUUGACUGGUUAUGAAGUUUAUAAUAUAACUAUUUCCGAAAAUUGUCAACCAGGUCAAAAAAUUACCGUUAGCAUGGAUAAUGGUAAAAGAUUUGAAGUAAUUUUACGAUUCGAUACUGAAGUAGAUUUAACAUAUUUUAAACACGGUGGUAUUUUAAAUUAUAUGAUUAGACAAAUGCUUUGAUAGUAUUAUCAAUUAAUUAAUAAGUUAUAAAAAGUUACUUAAUAUAAUACUUAAUUUCGGGUUUAGAUUUGCAGCAAUCUGAAUGUAUCCAUAUUCUUAUUUAUAGUAAGAGAAAUUAAUUAUAACGAAUGUUACUUCUUUGC